AUGAAUGUAAUUUACGAAUCUUACAAAUCUCGGCACUGUUCUAGUUGGCUCGUUUACGAAUUCACAAGUUCACUCCCUGCAUGGCGUAAGGCGUCGCCGGCGACGGCACGGCGCUCGGCGCUCGGCGCGGCCCAUUCCGCGCUGCGCCGAUGUCGGUCACGGAGCCCCGAGAGCAACGAUAUUCGCGGGGGAAGCCGAGACACGCGCCCGAGGAGCCUCGGGCCGGCUAAAACCGUUCUGAAUUCCGCGCUGGACCGCAGGCGGAGGAUUGAUUCGCGACCCGCACAGAGGCGAACGUUGGCCGCGGAGGCGGUCGGCGGACGGGCGGCCGCGCCGUCGCAUCGGCCGCGCGAACCGCGCAGAAGCGGCCCAGAGGGCGCCUCGGGCGCGCGCGGCGCCACACGCAGAGCGGACGGAGCGCGGAAACGACGCGAUCGCGGCCGGCGCGGUGCGAAAAUAAACAGCGUUUGGAGGGUAGUGGGUGAGGGUCGCGAGGCGCGUGCUUAUUUA